AGAUGCUCUGCUGAGCUGCUGUCAUUAUUCGCGUGAAGAGAGUAGACAGAACAGCACUCUUCUCAUAAACCGAGAGAGCUUAUAACGCUUAUAAAAUUAUAAAGUUCAGUAUAGGAUAGUGCGAGUAGAAAUGCCCGAGAUGAAUUCAUUUACACUGGGUGCUUUACAGAAGCACAUCACAUCUGUCAGCAGCUCAGGUUACCAGCACAGUUCUCCACUGGAAUCUGUAUAAUGAAGGUUACUGGGAAAGAGAAGAGCAGAGAUGUCGGUGCCUUUGCUGAAAAUUGGAGUAGUGCUCAGCACGAUGGCGAUGAUCACCAACUGGAUGUCGCAAACGUUGCCCUCACUAGUAGGUUUGAAUAGCACCAAAUUAAGCGUGGCACCUCCGGGUGUGCCGGACCGGAGCACGGGCGUGCUGCCUGCUAACCCAGAGGAGUCAUGGCAGGUGUACAGCUCAGCUCAAGACAGUGAGGGCAGGUGUGUGUGCACUGUUGUGGCUCCUCAGCAGACCAUGUGUUCACGGGAUGCCAGGACCAAACAACUGAGACAGCUCCUGGAAAAAGUUCAGAAUAUGACUCAGUCCAUCCAGAAUCUUGACCAGAGGACCCAGAAAGACCUGCAGUAUGUGCAAAGAAUGGAGGUGCAGUUGAGAGGCCUGGAAUCCAAGUUCAAACAGGUGGAGGAAAGCCACAAGCAGAAUAUCGCCAAGCAAUACAAGGCCAUAAAAACGAAAAUGGAGGAACUUAGGCCAAUGAUACCAGUGUUGGAGGAAUACAAGGCCGAUGCAAAAUUGGUAAUGCAGUUUAAAGAGGAGGUCAAGAAUCUGACAUCAGUGCUAAGUGAACUGCAGGAGGAAAUCGGGGCCUUUGACUACGAGGAGCUUCACAACAGGGUGUCUAAUCUUGAGGAGAGGCUUCGUGCAUGCAUGCAAAAAUUAGCUUGUGGGAAGCUGACAGGAAUAAGUGAUGCUAUAACCAUAAAGACAUCUGGAUCAAGAUAUGGAUCCUGGAUGACUGAUCCGCUUGCCCCUGACGGUGAUACGAGGGUGUGGUACAUGGACGGUUACCACAACAACCGCUUUGUCCGGGAAUACAAGUCCAUGGCCGACUUCAUGUAUUCAGACAACUUCACCUCACAUCGACUUCCUCACCCCUGGUCGGGCACAGGGCAGGUGGUCUACAACGGCUCCAUCUACUUCAACAAGUUCCAAAGCAACACCAUCAUCAAAUUUGACUUCAAGACAGCCACCAUCAGCAAGUCCGGUCAGUUGGAUUACGCCGGCUACAACAACCGGUACCACUAUUCCUGGGGUGGUCACUCCGACAUUGACCUAAUGGUGGACGAAGGUGGGCUUUGGGCCAUCUAUGCCACCAAUCAAAAUGCAGGGAACAUUGUCAUCAGCAAGAUCAACCCACUUAACCUGCAGGUCAUCAAAAGCUACACCACCAACCACCCAAAGAGGAGCGCAGGCGAGGCCUUCAUGAUCUGCGGGACGCUUUAUGUCACCAACGGAUACUCAGGAGGGACAAAGGUCUAUUAUGCUUUCCAUACCAACUCCUCUACUUACGAAUAUAUCGACAUCCCCUUACAGAACAAGUAUUCCCAUAUCUCCAUGCUGGAUUAUAACCCUAGGGACAGAGCUCUUUACGCAUGGAACAAUGGACACCAGGUGCUGUAUAACGUCACCUUGUUCCACGUCAUUCGCUCUGAGGAACUCUAAAGUGACAUUCUCCAUCCCUUUGAGAUAUACAGUAGCACUGAUGGAGUUUAUUACUGAAAAAUAGAGUAAUGCCUGAUGAUUGUUCAGUAAAAGAAGACAUUAAAAUGUAUCAAAAGUAAUAGUUAAUGGCAACAUAAUGAACAGCUGCCAAAAGGUCUUUUUUUCUUUUUUAGGCUUUUCUUAGAUGACUGUGUUUGAAUUAUCACUGCAAAAAAAUGUAUUAAUUAGUAUUUUUGU